CUCCACCCCACAUUGUCUUCCCCACAUUUCAUCUUCACUCUUCAGCCUCAUUCUCACUCUCACUGUAUCACACAGACACGCAGCCUCACUUUUUCCCCUGCCCUUGCCAAUGGAUCCCAACAACAAGCCACAGAAGAAGAAGUGCUUUCUCUCACUUGUUUUCUCUCUCCUCCUAUCCACUUUCCUCAUCUUACUCUCCGUCUCCGUCUCCUCCAACCCAUCCUCUCACUUCAAUCCUUCUUCUCGGAGCGUCGUUGCCCAUGAAAAGCCGCGUUUCGUUGAAUCCAAGCUUCGCGUGUCCCCCACGUCCGCCGACCCUGUUCCCAGAAUCGCCUACUUGAUAUCUGGAUCAAUGGGAGAUGGCCGGAGUCUCAAGAGGACGCUCAAGGCUCUUUACCAUCCGAGAAACCAGUACGCCGUGCAUUUGGACCUCGAGGCCUCCGAAGAGGAGAGGCUGGACUUGGCUAAAUUCGUCAGAGACGAGCCCGUCUUCGUGAGAUUCGGGAACGUGAGGAUGGUAGUGAAGGCUAAUUUGGUUACGUAUAGAGGACCCACCAUGGUCACUAACACGCUUCAUGCGGCGGCUAUUUUGCUCCGGGAAGGUGGAGAUUGGGAUUGGUUCAUUAAUCUCAGUGCUUCCGAUUACCCGCUGGUCACUCAGGACGAUCUGCUACAUACACUCUCAACCAUACCGAGGCAUCUUAACUUCAUUGAGCACACCAGUGAUAUUGGCUGGAAAGAGCAUCAGAGGGCCAGGCCUAUUAUUAUCGACCCAGGUCUUUAUAGCGUUCAUAAAUCUGAUGUAUUUUGGGUGACACAGAAAAGAAGUGUGCCCACUGCUUACAAGCUGUUUACAGGUUCUGCAUGGAUGAUGCUGUCUCACCCAUUUGUUGAAUACUGUUUGUGGGGUUGGGAUAACUUGCCAAGGAUAGUCUUGAUGUAUUACGCCAACUUCUUAUCAUCACCUGAAGGAUAUUUCCACACAGUUAUCUGCAAUGCUGAGGAGUUUCGCAACACAACUGUGAACCAUGAUCUCCAUUUUAUAUCAUGGGACAACCCUCCAAAACAGCAUCCACAUUUCCUUACAGUUCAUGAUUACCAGAGAAUGGUGAACAGCCAUGCUCCUUUCGCAAGAAAAUUUGGCAGGAACGUACCAGUACUAGACAAGAUUGAUUCUGAGCUCUUGGGCAGGAAGGCGGAUGGAUAUGUGCCUGGUGGUUGGUUGAGACAGACAAAUUCAAACAUCACUAAACCAGAUUAUGUUGUGAGAAACACUACUGAUCUUAGGCCUGGUCCUGGUGCUGAGAGGCUGAAACAGCUCAUCAAUGGUUUGUUAUCAGCAAAGGAUUUUAAGGCAAAACAGUGUCCAUGAAAGCUGGGUUCGGCAAACCCUCCUUUCCAUUGCUCAGAAGCAAAAUGCCAAGUCAUCUCUUCAUCAGGUCGCUCUGGGAUCAUCGUCACACGGUAAGAAUGAUAGAACGCAACAGAAGAAUGAAAUGACUGUUUCUCUGCAAAUACGCUUUACCGAUGGCCGACUUUACUCACACACAUUUGGUAUACUACCACAAGUUUGGAGUUAUUAUGUAUCAGAUUGCUUCAUACGAUAUUCAGGAAUUUUUACUGGACUACUAGUACUACCAGUCAUCAAUAAAAUUUUAUUAUUCUGAAUAA